GGAAGAGGAGGGGUGUUUCUGUGGAGGAGCAGCAGUCCUGCUGUUCUUUGUGUCAGGACGUCCUGAAGGAUCCAGUCUCUACCAGCUGUGGACACUGGUUCUGCAGACAGUGCAUCAGCUCAUACUGGGACCAGUCUGCUCCAUCAGGAGACUCCUCCUGUCCCCAGUGUGCAGAAAGAUCCAGAACCAGACCUGGACUGCAGCAGGGGGGCAUAAUGGUGAAACUUAAAGAGGAGCUCUGGGAAACUCUGGAGGAAUUACACAAAGAUGCGUUUAAGAAGUUCAAGUGGUUCCUGAACCAGGAUGACAUCCUGGAGGGCUUUAAAGGCAUCCCAGUGGCUCAGCUGGAGAAAGCAGGAAGGCAGGACACAGUGGAUCUAAUGGUACAGAAACAUCAGGAUCAUAGAGCUCUGCAGCUGACCAUGAAGAUUUUAGAAAAGAUCAGCAGGAAUGAUCUGGUGCAGCGUUUACAAAACUCCCACUCAGGACCAAAAGCAGAAAGUGGUCUGCAGGACGUUUCAGAUUUAUAUAAGAUCUAUAAGAUCAGAAUGAGGAGGAAAUGUCAACAUGUGACUGAAAGACCUGAUGCAGAGAGUAGAACCCUCCUCAAUAGGAUCUACACUGAGCUCUACAUCACAGAGAUACAGAGUGAUGCCCUACAUGAAAUGAGACAGCUUGAGACAGCUUCCAAGACAAAGACCCUCCUUGACACUUCAAUCAAGUGUCACGACAUCUUUAAAGCCUUACCUGACCACGAGAAAUACAUCAGAGUCGUUCUGACGAACGGCGUUGCUGGCAUUGGAAAAACAUUCUCAGUGCAGAAGUUCACUCUGGACUGGGCAGAGGGCCUGAAAAACCAAGAUGUCAGUCUGGUGAUUCUGCUUUCGUUCAGGGAGCUGAACUUGAUCAAAGAUGAGCGGUACAGUCUCCUCAAGCUGAUCCAUGAAUUCCAUCCAACAUUACAGAAGGUCACAGCAGAGAAGCUCGAUGACUGUAAAGUUUUGUUCAUCUUUGAUGGCCUGGAUGAAAGCAGACUUUCACUGGAUUUCAAGAGCAAUGAGGUUUUGUCUGAUGUCACACAGAAGUCAUCAGUCAACGUUCUGUUGACAAACCUUAUCGAGGGGCAUCUGCUUCCCUUGGCUCUCAUCUGGAUAACUUCCCGACCUGCAGCAGCCAAUCAGAUCCCUCUGACAUGUGUUGACAGGGUCACAGAAGUACGAGGCUUCAAUGAUGCCCAGAAGGAGGAGUACUUCAGGAAGAGAUUCAGUGAUGAAGAGGUGUCCAGCAGAAUCAUCUCACACAUCAAGACAUCCAGGAUUCUCCACAUCAUGUGUCACAUCCCAGUUUUCUGCUGGAUCACUGCUUCAGUUCUGAAGCACAUGUUGACUACAGACCAACGAAGAGAGCUGCCCACGACCCUGACUGACAUGUACUCACAAUUCCUGCUGGUUCAGACAAAGAGGAAGAAGCAAAAGUAUGAUGAAGGACAGGAGACGAGUCCACGGGAGCUGACGGAGGCUGACAUGAAAGUUCUUCUGAAGCUAGGGAGGCUGGCGUUUGAACAACUGGAGGAAGGAAACAUCAUAUUCUACCAGAAAGACCUGGAGCAGUGUGGUCUUGAUGUCACAGAGGUCUCAGUGUUAUCAGGAUUUUGUACAGAGAUCCUCAAAAGAGAGAAUGGGAUCUUCCAGAAAACAGUCUACUGCUUUGUUCAUCUGAGCAUUCAGGAGUUUCUGGCUGCAGUCUACGUGUACCACUGUUACACCAACAGCAACACAGAGGUACUGGAGGUCUUCCUGGGAGAAAACUACAAACACAGGGAAUCAAAACCAAAGUCUUUGCUCAAGAGGAUUUCAGCUUACUUCAUAAACAAUGAUAGCUGUGACCCAUCUCUGGAUGUCUUCCUGAUGGGAGCCAUGGAGAAAUCUCUAAAAAGUAAAAAUGGCCAUCUGGACCUGUUUAUUUGCUUCCUUCAUGGCCUCUCUCUGGAGUCCAACCAGAAACUCUUAGGAGACCUGCUGGGUCGACAAGAGAAUAGUCCAGAAAUCAUCCAGAGAGUUAUCAACAACCUGAAGGAGAUGAACACUGAGGACAUAUCUCCUGACAGAAGCAUCAACAUUUUCCACUGUCUGAUGGAGAUGAACGACCGCUCAGUACAUCAGGAGAUCCAAGAGUUCCUGAAGUCAGAGAACAGGUCAGAGAAGAAACUUUCUGUGAUCCACUGCUCAGCUCUGGCCUACAUGCUGCAGAUGUCAGAGGAGGUUCUGGAUGAGUUGGAUUUGGAGAAGUACAACACAUCCGUGGAGGGACGACGGAGACUGAUCCCAGCUGUGAGGAACUGCAGAAAUGCUCAACUCUCUGGCUGUGGACUCUCAAAGACUCACUGUGAAAUUGUGGCCUCAGCUCUGAAGUCCGACCCCUCCCAUCUGAGAGAGUUGGACUUGAGCUACAAUGACCUACAAAAUUCAGGAGUGAAACUGCUUUCUGCUGGACUGGAGAGUCCAAACUGUAGACUGGAGACUCUGAGAUUUAGUUUCUGUAGUUUGUCAGAGAUCAGCUGUGCUUCUCUGGCCUCUGCUCUGAAGUCAAACCCCUCCUAUCUGAGAGAGCUGGAAGUGAGUCACAACAAGCUAAAGGAUUCAGGAGUGAAGCAGCUGUGUGAAUUUCUGGAGAGUCCACACUGUAGACUGAAGACUCUGGGGUCAGUUCACUAA